AUGGCAAAUUCAUGUGACCAGUUUGAACACGAGCAAAAUCUGUGUGCAGAUGUGCGGUUUCCUCCUCCUUUAAUACUAUUGUCCAAGUUGGUCAGAGCAGUUCGGCCAGAAGACUUGAACAAGAUGAUGCUGAUUUUCACGGCUUGUGUUUUUUGGAUCGUUUUCGGGUCCUUCAAUGGACGUCCAGUGAGCUGUUGCCUCAAAAUAAGAUGCAGAAAAAUACCUUUUGACAAAGUGUUGAAUUACAGAAUACAAACUACAGCACUGUGUCCUAUAAAUGCAGUUGUGAUCCAGACUGUAUCUGGGAAAAGACUCUGUUGCGAUCCUUUCAGCGACUGGACAAAGAGAGUCAUGUGGAAGGUGGAUGAAGCAAAGAAGAAGGCCAGAGAGCAGGAUCCUGUACCUGCAGAAAGAGCAUCAACGGCUGGGAGCAGACGAAGGGCAGAUCCAGUAACAGCAAUAAAGUUGCCACUAAAUAGCCAAUGGAACAGAGUAACAGCAAGACAGAAGAGUAAAGGUAAAGCUAAAGACAACCACAAAUGGGUCUCAUAAGGGUGCCAAAGAAAUGAGAAAAAAGAGGUGUAAAAGGAAAUAAUAUGAAUUGUGAGAACAAAAA